AUGUCCACUCGCAAGAUAAAACUACUGUCGCCAAAUCUAUUUCCGCUCUACAAGGAUGACAGCGACAACACUGUCCUGCCGAUACCAGAAGUUCUAGAGAAAUCUGGUUUGAAUCCUAAAGAUCGUGAUGCUGUUCUAGAGCUGGUAAUGGAUGUUGCGGGUGUAAAUGAUGUUGUUGAAAAGUCAAUGGAUCUGCUGAACAACAUGAAAACACUGAAUUUAGAUGAAGACUUAGGAAUGAUAACAAAAGCUAUUGAUAAUAUAAAAAAUAGUAUGCAUGUGGAGCAAAGACGAGAUUUAGCCGAAAGACAGUUUACCUUUUUGAAUAAAGAGCAAAUGGAGAAGUUAUACGGAAAGGAAGGAUUGCUAAACACUACCCUGGCUGAUCUUCCAUUUGACAUCGACGAGUACGCAGAUAUGACUCGAAAAGAGCGAGAAGAAUCACUACGGAACACCGUUCGGAUGCUAGCGGAUGACCGAAAAGCUCUACAUCGGCGAUUUAAGCGAACGAUUGCAGUGCAAUACUUCCGACAUACAACUCUAGCUCCAUAUGCUUUUGCUCCGACUAUUAUGACAUUGAACGUUCUAGGCCCAAUAACUCUAUCACCUAGUCUAUUCUCGCCUAACAUUGUUUCACCGCUGCUUCUAAGCCCGCCAGUGAUCUCACCACAGGUAGGAAAUCCUCUCAUCCUAUCACCUUACGUACUUGGUCCAAACACUAUAUCAGGUGCAGUUUUCAAUACUUACAUCCUCUCUCCAUACGUUCUAUCACCAAAU